AUGAUCAUCGCUACUGGGCUGUCCGUUCGCCUCUCCAAGCGGGCUGUCGUCCCCGCAUUUCGGGGACAGAGGCAGUUCAGCUCCGCACGCUCGAUGCUGAAAGAGAUUCAGGAUGCCUACAUUAUCAGUGCUUCUCGAACCCCGACAGGCAAGUUCAAUGGUUCAUUCGCAUCCGUCUCGGCUCCUGAAUUAGGUGCUGUCGCCAUUAAGUCUGCUCUCAGCAAGUCCAAAAUUCCCGUGGAGAAGAUCAGCGAUGUAUACAUGGGAAAUGUUCUGCAAGGAUCAGUUGGUCAGGCCCCCGCUCGGCAGGCAUCCAUCUUUGCCGGCCUGCCUUCCACUGUUGAGGCCGUGACAAUUAACAAAGUGUGCUCAUCCGGCCUGAAGUCAGUGGCCAUUGCCGCUCAGAACAUUCAACUGGGUCUGGCAGAGGCACAAGUGGCUGGUGGCAUGGAAAACAUGACCCGAGUGCCGUAUUACAUGCCCCGCUCUAGUCAACUACCGCCCUUCGGCGAAAUCAAGCUGGAGGAUGGCCUGAUCAAGGAUGGCUUGUGGGACGUGUAUAACCAAUUCCACAUGGGUAUCUGCGCGGAGCAGACCGCCAAGAAGUACGAGAUUUCGCGAGAAGAUCAAGACCAGUAUGCAAUUCGCUCGUACGAGCGGGCCCAGCAGGCCUGGAAGGAGAAUCGAUUUGCGGAUGAGAUUGCCACCGUCACGGUCAAGAGCAAGAAGGGCGAGAUUGUUAUUGAGCGGGAUGAGGGCUACGAGAAUUUGCGCGUGGAUAAACUGACCAGCCUGAAGCCUGCUUUCUUGCGGGAUGGAACUGGCACCGUCACUGCAGGCAAUGCGUCUACUAUGAACGAUGGCGCAUCUGCCUUGGUGUUGGUCAACAAGGACUUGGCCCGGGAGUUCGGGACUGGGGGACGGGUCCUGGCUCGCAUUGUCUCUACUGCCGAUGCUGCUAUUGACCCGGUCGACUUCCCCGUGGCUCCAGCAAAGGCUGUUCCGGUCGCACUUGAGCGUGCUGGUAUCACUAAGGAUCAGGUGGCCGUGUGGGAGUUUAAUGAAGCUUUUGCCGCGGUCAUCAAGGCCAAUGAGAAGAUUCUCGGUCUGGAGGAUGCUAAUGUCAAUAUGCUGGGUGGUGCUAUCUCCUUGGGUCAUGCUCUUGGCAGCUCUGGAUCUCGUAUCCUGGUAACUCUUCUCCACCAGCUCCAACCUGGUGAAUAUGGUGUGGCUGCCAUCUGCAACGGCGGUGGUGCGGCUUCUGCUAUGGUUGUGCAGAGACUGGAUCGCGUGGAGUAA